AUGAGGGCUGCUCCAGCCGAGAAGCGAAUUACGAUACCAAAGCGAACCUGCCAAGCGAGCUUUAAGCUUUCUCACCUACCGUUAGACCUCCAAGUUCAAGCGAGGCAACUUUUUUUUGCGUACUAUAUCGCAGACUUCAGCCGAGCGUGGGAUUUCUUGUACCCACAUUUUGACCCACAGGCCGCACCUGAGCACAUUACCCUCAGCAUCGAUGCUGCUAGUCUAGCCUUCCUUUCACAUCACAUUAUCUCGCCAUCGGCGCAAAUAUUGGGCCGACGGAAGUACGUGAGUGCUCUCAGGAAGACGAACAAAGUGUUGCAGGAUCCGGCCACGGUUCAAUAUACGAGUACAAUCGAGGCCUCGCUGCUACUAGAUCUUUUUGAGAAGAUCACGGACCCUAGACCCAUAUCUGUCGUGUCUCAAAGAGCACACGUCGAUGGCGCUUUGGCGCUCGUAAAGCUCCGGGGCUUGCAGCAGUUCACAGAUCCGGGUGGCUUGAAGGCGCUCACAAGACUGGCACUAAAUUCUGUCGUCAUAUCAAUCAGCAAUGGCGAGAGUGUACCACAAGAGAUAUUCCAGAUCAGAGAGCAUGCAGCAAACUUUACUGAUACCUCACAUCCUAAAUGGAGGUUGACUGGCGUAACACUGAAGAUCACCAACCUAGUCUCUGACAUUACCAAGGGUGUCUUGACGGCAGAAGAUAAAGUGCGGCAGUGUGUUGCAAUCGAGAAAGAACUUGAAAUCAUCGACAGCGAAGCGCCUCCUAAAUGGUCAUACGAGAGGAAAUGUAUCAUGAAGGAGCAGGAAGAUACAACAUUGGAUGGAUUCUACGACAUCUAUGCUUCACGCAUGGACACGCAGAUGUGGAAUGUUCUACGCUUUAUGAGGAUAGUCCUCUGUGACGAAAUUAUUGAGUCCUCCGCCAAUCCUGAUGACAAGGCCAGCCAACACGCACUGGAGAUGACUACAUUGGUAGUCCAAGAAGUGUGCGCAUCAGUUCCCCAAAUGACCGACUGCAAAGGCCCGGCUAGACACAAACUGCCACCAGGAUCUCAUCCAUCUCUGCACACCCACACAUUAUCACAUUUCCUCGACACAUACAUUCUCCUGUUCGGGCUCUAUGCCUCCGCGUGGUCCCGUGGAUGCCCCGAGAGAGCAAGGAUCUGGAUCAUAGGACAACUUGAUAGGAUGGCUGAGCACUUCGGAGUGAAAGAAGCGGCGACAGUGGCGGCAAUAUUGAAAAUGCAGGACAAAAAGGCGAGGAUAGGACCCUGGGAUGUGUAUCGGCUUAUUGGAAGCUAUGCGUUUGCAGCAUAG